AUUUUGAAAACGAAAUGAAUUCUCCCAAGUCAUCAGAGUCUAGAAAUGAUAUGGCUCAUUACGAAGGCUCCAAUGAAACCCUCGGUUACAACUUGCUCUCUGAUAUACAACAAAAUCUGGUUACUUUACAAGAAGAGAUGAAACGUCCGGAUGAAAUUAUAAAUGAGAAAAAUUCCGAAAACGCAGAUUUAUUGCACAGAUGUGUUGUUUCGGAAACGUCUGCAGAAGCGGCUGAUGAUUUAAGAGAACAGUGUGAAGACAAAACUCAUCAAAUUGAAACACUGGAAGUUAAAACUUCACAGGAGAAAGAAAUUGAAAAAUUACAACGAGAGCUAAACAUUAAAAAUGAAAAUCUGGUUACUUUACAAGAAGAGAUGAAACGUCGGGAUGAAAUUAUAAAUGAGAAAAAUUCCGAAAACGCAGAUUUAUUGCACAGAUGUGUUGUUUCGGAAACGUCUGCAGAAGCGGCUGAUGAUUUAAGAGAACAGUGUGAAGACAAAAAUCAUCAAAUUGAAACACUGGAAGGUGAUUUAGCUUCUGUGCGAAAUGAAAACGAAAGUUUAAAACGGCAUCUAGAAGAAAUUGAAAACGUAGCUGCAGAUCAUCAGAGGCUAAUUGAUGAAAAUAAAAGUCUUAAUGGUCAAAUUAAAAAGGCAAUUGAAGAAAAAGAAGAAUUAGGAGCACAACUUGCAAGCCGAAAUGAGAACAAUUCUGAUCUUCUCUCUAAUUACCUGGAGAUGAAGAAAAAGGAAGAAGAGUUGGCAGCUGAGCUAAAGAAAAUGCAAGAAAAUUAUCAAUACGAAAAACGACGUUCAGAGGAAUUGUCAGGCCAAUUAAGUUUGAAAAACAAGGAAGUGACAACUACCGAAAAUAAGUACAAACAAGAGAUGGAAGAACUUAUAGCUAAAUAUAAAAAUGAGAAGGAUCAAGCAGAAAAGGAGAAGGAAUUACUGAAACAACGCGUCACAAAACUCACUGAAGGCAGUCAACAACUUCAAGCUGAAAAUAAGCGAAUAAAGGAUGAUUUACAGGUAAAGUCAAUGGAAUGUGGAAACUUGAAAUCUGAACGGUUGAGAUUCACAGCCGAAGACGCAGAUUUAUUGCAAAUAUGUAUUGCUUCGGAAACGUCUGCAGGUGAUUUAGCUUCUGUGCGAAAUGAAAACGAAAGUUUAAAAAGGCAUCUAGAAGAAAUUGAAAACGUAGCUGCAGAUCAUCAGAGGCUAAUUGAUGAAAAUAAAAGUCUUAAUGAGUAUUUAGAACAAGAAAGACAAUCUAGCGCUGCAUUGAAAGAAGAGGCUCAGGCUUUGAAAGAACAGAUUACCAACAAGGAAGAUGUUUUAAAGGAACUUGAAAGUCAAAUUAAAAAGGCAAUUGAAGAAAAAGAAGAAUUAGGAGCAAAACUUGCAAGCCGAAAUGAGAACAAUUCUGAUCUUAUCUCUAAUUACCUGGAGAUGAAGAAAAAGGAAGAAGAGAUGGCAGCUGAGCUAAAGAAAAUGCAAGAAAAUUAUCAAUACGAAAAACGACGUUCAGAGGAAUUGUCAGGCCAAUUAAGUUUGAAAAACAAGGAAGUGACAACUACCGAAAAUAAGUACAAACAAGAGAUGGAAGAACUUAAAGCUAAAUAUAAAACUGAGAAGGAUCAAGCAGAAAAGGAGAAGGAAUUACUGAAACAACGCGUCACAAAACUCACUGAAGGCAGUCAACAACUUCAAGCUGAAAAUAAGCGAAUAAAGGAUGAUUUACAGUUAAAGUCAAUGGAAUGUGGAAACUUGAAAUCUGAACGGUUGAGAUUCACAGGAGAGCUAGACGCUGCUAAAAAGGAAAUUGCAGAGCUCAGUAAUGAUAGAGAUAAACUGGGAGCUUACAUUACCACUGUAAAUGAUGAAGUAAGGCAACUGAGAGCAGCUCUUGAAUUGAAAGAAGCAGAGAAAAAUGCUGCCAAUGAAUGCAUGCAAAAGGUUGUCAGAGAAAAGCAGGAAAUGAUGUAUAGCAUGGGGAAUCUUCAAAGAAUAGAGCUAGAGAACCACCAACUUAAACAUCAAAAUAUGGAUCAAUCAGAACAAAUUACCAAGCUUCAUGCAUCACUUCAAGAAUAUGGAUUAUUACGCGACCAUAUUCAAGAAUAUUACAAAGCUUUCCAAGAUUCCCAAAUGGAACUUCAAAGAGAAAAAGAGAAGAGUCGACACAUCAACGAACUGCUGUCAAAAACUGGGUACCGUUUAGAUAGUAUGGCUUCAGAACUGAACAAUUAUCGGACAAUGACUGAAGGUUACAGACGUUCAUUGGAAGAAGAAAAGGAAAAAUCCAACAAAUUAGAACAAAGGUUUGAUCGUCUUACUAUAGACAAUGAGAAGCUGAAGGAAGAACGAGACAAAUGUGAACAAAAGAGUUUUGAGUAUAGAGACGAGUGCAGUAGCUUACCUGAAAAUCUUGAAAAGUCACAAGCUGAAUGCCGGGACCUACUGAGCAAAACACAGGAGGGACCCUCCGACGGUACAACGAGUUUACUGCAAGGAAAUUUCCAUUUCACGAGCACACCGAUGGGCAACGGGUUUGGAAAUCCGAGUUCUCAAUCUAAAUUUGUAUUGGGGUUUGGAAAUCCGAGUUCUCAAUCUAAAUUUGUAUUGGGAAUAGGAAGAGAUAAAAUGAACAGGAAAAAGUGAAGCAAAGAUUUCGUUCAAGUGAUUCUUCUUUUAAAAAAAAUCAAGCAAAGUGUGCGUCGUGUGGGUUUACUAUUUUAUCUACGCCAGGAGGAAAGGAAUUCUUGACAUGAUAUAUAAGCAACUUUUUGAAAUUAUUAUGACUUUUUUAGAUUCCGGGUCCUGUGCUGGAGAUUGUAAUCGUUUGGUUAGAACCACUUCAUAUCAAACUAAAAUGAUAAAAGAUAACGAAGCAUUUAUAUUUCUUUUGAAGUGUUACAUGAUAAUAAUUUGUUGAGUUGUGAUACAUUUACUAUGUUGUUGCGUUGGGUGUAACAUGAAAAAUUCCAAUGGUUCAAAUGCAAGACUAAUUUUGUUUAUUCUGUCUGAUAAUCAUUUAUGUAUUUCCCCACUUCCUUUUGGCAGCUACUUCAACAAUACACAUGUCUGGCUGAACAGGUCAAUGACCUCCUAUUCUAUUGACAUUAUAUACCAGUAUAUCGUUAUGUUUAAGAAUCAACCACCAUGUAAAAAGAUUGAAAUCAAACAAGUCUCAUACCACGAAGUCCAUGCAUUUUUAUGGAUAUUUUUGUUUUUUAUUUCAAAUUAAUUAUCCAUGGAAUACUUUUUAUGUCUUAUACUUUUAUUAUAUAUAACCGGAUAAAUAUUUUUAGAGUU